AAGUGGACUUUUCAAAUAGCUUUUGCAUCUUUGAUAUAAAAUCCGACGCUGUGAUACAUGCAUUGGCGUAUAAGGGGCCAUCCAUAUUUCUCGGCAUCUAAUUUUUCCACCAGAGGAGUGAUAUAGCCUUCUCUGACGUCUGCAUCAGAUAUUACCCAGUGCUUUUUCAAUGUGCAUUUUCCCCUCAGUGACUUUGCGCUGAUCUACAUCAUCAGCAGCAGCAGCAGCAACGGGGGAGAGAGAGAGAGAGAAAAAGGGAAUGAAGAUUUCUUCAUUUUUCUUUUUUUUAAACCCACCGCUCCCCUUCAGCCGACCAGCGUUUCCAGCUCAAACAAAUAUCUUUUAACAACAUCACGUUGUGGAAUAGUCUGGCGCCGGAGCAUCGCUGGAACCAUGCCUCUUCUGCAGAUUUGGACUGGGAAAUUUCAUCCACCAAUUUGAUCAUCAAGAGGCUGCUGCUCAGUCAUUCAUGCCAGUGUUUGUUUUUUUAAGAGGAAGAAUACUUGUCAUCACUUUUAAAAGUAUUGUGUAUGCUGUUUUUUGAGCAAGAUGUCUGAUCUUCUGGUGUUGGUCGAGGGGCUCUGUGACCUGCACGGAUUUCCAUAGCCGGGGAAAACAGCGGGGGCCAAUUACAAGAUUUUUUUAAAUCAAGAAGCCUAUUUAAUGAAGACAUCGCAUGCGUAGAUGUAGGGUAGAUUAUUCGACAUUUUUAAAAAAGGCAAUUAUUUUUUAAUUGCCAAUUUUUACUUUGUGCAUUUUCUGGAGGACCACUGGACUGGUUGGAUUAUAGGAACUAUAUAUAAGGAUUUGUGGAGAUGUUGGGUCGUCAAGAAGAUAAAUUAUGUGGAAUUUUCUCUGCUCUGGCGGCUUUGUCCUUCUUCUGCUUUGUUCAAAGCUCUUCCACUGGAAGCACCGGAAUGUCUGUGGCCAAGGCCACCGUGGACAAGUUGCUGAAGGGAUAUGACAUCCGUUUAAGGCCUGAUUUUGGAGGUGCUCCAGUCAUCGUAGGAAUGAGCAUCAACAUAGCGAGCAUCGACUCCAUCUCAGAAGUAAACAUGGACUACACCAUCACAAUGUAUUUCCAGCAGAGCUGGCGAGAUAAGCGUUUGGCCUAUAGUGAGCUGAAGCUAAACCUGACUCUGGACAACCGUGUAGCAGACCAGCUUUGGCUCCCUGACACCUACUUCCUUAAUGACAAGAAGUCCUUUCUUCAUGGUGUGACAGUAAAAAACCGUAUGAUCCGACUGCACCCUGAUGGCACUGUCUUAUACGGGCUGAGAAUAACCACCACUGCUGCUUGCAUGAUGGAUUUGAGGAGGUACCCUCUCGAUGAACAGAACUGCACCCUGGAGAUUGAAAGCUAUGGAUAUACCACAGAUGACAUCGUAUUCUUCUGGCAAGGAGGGGACAACGCUGUGACGGGUGUUGACAAGUUAGAGUUACCUCAGUUCUCCAUUGUAGACAUCCGGUUGGUGUCCAGGGAGGUCAGGUUUACUACAGGUUCAUAUCCGAGGCUUUCGCUGAGUUUCAGGAUUAAGAGGAACAUUGGAUAUUUCAUCCUGCAGACGUACAUGCCCUCCAUCUUGAUCACCAUCCUCUCCUGGGUCUCCUUCUGGAUCAAUUAUGAUGCCUCUGCAGCUCGGGUGGCCCUGGGUGUGACAACGGUGCUUACCAUGACAACAAUUAACACCCACCUAAGGGAGACUCUCCCAAAGAUUCCGUAUGUGAAAGCCAUCGACGUCUACCUCAUGGGCUGUUUUGUGUUUGUGUUCCUGGCCCUGCUCGAAUAUGCCUUUGUAAAUUACGUGUUCUUUGGCCGGGGCCCUGCGCAACAGAAGAAAAUCAAUGAGAGGCUGAACAAAGCCAACAACGAGCGCACAAGAUACGAAGAGAAGCGCCUGAGGGAACAGGACUCCAUUUCCGUGCCGUUUCAAACCAACACCUUCAGGUCAUUUACACAGCGAAGAAAUCUGUAUCUCGAGGAACAAAGAAAAGUUGGGGUGGACGCUUAUGGAAACAUACUCCUCACCACGCUGGAGAUGAACAACGAAGUGAUGCCUUCUGACGUGGGGAGCAGCGUCAGUGACUCUCGGAAUUCAGUCAUGUCCUUCGACAGCUCCGGGGUCCAAUUCAGGAAGCCCAUGGCGCCCCGAGACGGCUUCAGCCACCACUCUUUGGACCGGAGCGCCAUGCGGAGCCGGGCCAACUGUCGGCUACGACGACGCUCCUCCAAGCUCAAGUUGAAAAUCCCAAACCUGUCAGAUGUUAGCACCAUUGACAAGUGGUCCCGGGUCAUUUUCCCUAUCACCUUUGGAUUUUUCAACCUAAUCUACUGGUUGUACUAUGUGAAUUGAUGUGCAUCCCACUAGGAAUCAUGGGCCAUAUUUUGAGAGCACAUUAAAUUGGCUUUGAUACAGUUCCAAAAUAUGUAUACACAUAUACAAGUUGAACAUAUGUAUAUGCAUAUUUAUAUAUAUUAUAUUUAUAUAUACAUGUGUGAAAUCUGAAGGACCUUUCUGCUGUACAAAGUAUUAAUAGGAUGACUUGAAUGUUUAAGAAUAAUUGCAAGAGAAGAAUUUCAAGGCUUUGAGUUUCUCUUUCCUCCUGAAAGAAUCAAACAAACACAAACACGAGAUCCCACCCGGGGUUUUUGGAACUAAAGACUGCAUGAUAUUUUUGCUAAAUAAAACAACAACAAGAAGAAAAAAGAGAAAGUGAAAGCUCUUGAGAGAGAAAAGAUGUCUCAGAGUCCCAUUUACUUUUUAUUGAUACUUAUUGUAAUCAGAAAUCCUCUACUGCAGCUCAUGAAAUCAGUGGUGGCUCGUCUGUUCAGGCAUCAGCUGAGUGAGAUCCUUGACACCCCCUACCCGUCCCCCGCCCCCGCCGCUUUCACCGAAACCCCCCCACCCCCAAAACCCCGCCCAUGGAUAACAUGCACGGAAAUCUCCGGUUCUACUAUGUACAGCAACCUUGUUUGGAUUAUGUGUUGUUCCUUGGGUUUUUUGAAGUGGUAUCGUUCUCUUUAUCAGACAUCAGCUCUGGCCUAAUGGGCUCCAUUAGAGGGCCGCGUGGAUGGGAUGAUCGACCGCCGCAUUCCCACCCAGAGUCAACGCAAACUUGUGUUCCUUUCUCUUCUCAUGUUAUUUUUAAAAACACGUCCUUUGGGGGAGAGGGAGGGAGGGAUGGGGGGUCUUUUUCAUUAUGGUUGAAAACAAGUGCUGAUUAUUGUAGAUAUGAUUUUGUCUUGAAAAAUACUGUGAUUUCAGAGAGUGUCGGAACAUGUUCUAGAGCUAGGGCAUUAUGAGAUAAAAGAGUCAAAGGUAUGCAUUACAUACAUUUUAAUGGUGUGAAGAAGAAAUAUUCUAUACAUUUUAUCAUUCGGUAUUUUCAUGAAAGUAUACUUGUACUGUUUAUUUCCUCCUAUUGAUUGAUUCUCAUGCUCUUUAGAUGCAGAGUUCAUUGACGUCAUAUCCUGCUUUGUGUUUGCUAAAAAGGAAAUGGGAGGAUUGCUUUUGUGAUUCGUUUGACAAUGAUUCCACAGCAGAGAUGUAAGGACAUGUAUAUUCAAAAAAAAGAGUCAACAUAUCAGCCCGCAGUUUGACCAGUUGUCAUUCAGUAUUAAGUAUUUCUUUGUUUGUUUGUUGAGCAUUCGUGUUGGAGUCGCAGUUUGUGAAGGCAAGAUUAUUUGAUUGGGAUAGUAAUGGGCAGCCUGGGCAGAAGACGUGAGUGAGGAGGAGGAUUCAGCAUUUCACACUCAAACUCGAUCAGUGCCGUCGCAAAAAUGCUGGGAACCCCGAGGAUCCGAAACAUCAGCCUAAUCAGGAAUGAUGCAGUGAUUCUUGAGGAGAAAAUGUGCGAUAAAUAGCCAUGAAUUUAAAUAACGACCAAAAGGCCUAUAAUCCAUAUACAUUAUGGUUUUGUUUUUCUCUCAAACACACAAACACACACUGCAUUUCCAGUGCUCAGGGUCAGUUGAAAAUGAGGAAAAAGGUACUGUAGGACCCAUUAUUUUAUAAUUUCUUUUUAAAUAAAAAACAGAUAAUCACAUGUUUAUAGGUUGCGGAAUCCAAAUCAGCCCCCAAACAAUGUUAAAGAAAUUAGAUAGUUCCUGCGAAUCCUUAAAAUGUCUUAAAUUUAUUCAUCUUAAUCUAAAAAUAAAGCCUUGAUUGGUAUUAAAAUGUCUUAAAUCAAUAUUUUAAAAGUCUUAAAAAUGCUAUUUAUUUCUGAUGUUGCAUUAUAAAAUCUCAAAAUUGUUGGUAACAUCUAUUUUUUUAAUAUAAUUUACCAAAUGUCUCUUAACGUCAUGCAGAUCCGGAUAGGAAAGAAUUGUGCAGAAAAUAAAUCAAAUUUAAUUCUAAGUGGCAUUAAAGAGGUCUUUAAAAGUCUUAAAUCUAACUUGCCUUAAAUUAUAGGAACCUUGAAUUAAGAUGAAGUCCGAUCAUUAGAUGGCUGAGGCAGAUAGACAGUGAAAAGAAGGAAUAAAAUCCUCCCUUGCCUGUUUAGCUUCAGCUGAAGUGCAGAUCAGCAUCUUCCUCAGUGUCAUCUUCACUGUAGGCACAAACAGGCUCUGAGCAAAACCUACACAACAAGUUUUCAUUAGAAUACGCAGCGCAGCAAGGUACCUGAGAAAUACAAAUGGGAAAAAGAAAAGAAAAUGUUCAUACUGUACACAAACACAUGGGGACAAGAGGAAGAUGGAAUGUCUGCAGAGUAAUUUGUCAUGAGAAACAUCCACUCCCCUCUGGAGCGCAGGGUGUAGUAUGCAUACGAUGUCUUCAAAAAGGAAUACUGAUCAGAAAGCAAUUUGUCUCCGUAAGUCAGAGUGACGUUUGUACAGUGACGUGGCCCGAGCUGUGAUCCCAGUUUGGUAUAUCUUUCUGUUAAAUUUGAUGCAUCGUUGUCAUUGUACUGUGGAAGCAAAUGAAAAGAGAGAAAGUACAAAAAAAAAAGAUCCCCUUUAAGUAUGAAGUAAUCCAUGAAAAUAUACCGGACGACGGGAUGAGAGUAACAUGCUGAGUGUUAUGUUUCUGUCUGCAGCUGAACAAUCUGUUGUUUGUCUCUCGAGUCAACUGUGAGGUCCAAAGGAUUACAUGACCAAAACAUAGUGAUAAAUCUUAAAUGUGAAGAAAGUCAAUUUGUUGUUAUUUAUGAGAAAGUUGACAAUGAGUCAACCAGUGCCGCAACGGACUAAAUUAGCAGUUUCUAUUGUGUUAUAUAGAGAAUGCAUAUUGAGUAAUACACUGUGGUAAGAGAAAAGGCUAAAAUGGUGGCAUAUGUGCACAAAUUCUUCAAAAGUUGCCAAAUGGAAGUGAGGCAAGAUUGAAAUGCAAUGAACUUGUAAUACAGUAGCAUCAGUUGUGUCAACGUGGGUGUGUACAAUGCUAGUAGCGGCUAAUGUAGCCUCGAGGCGCUAGCCUCAAGCAGAGAUGAGGAGUAGCCUGGUCAGCUCACAUCUUUCUAACUCUACACCCCCAAAAUUUAUUUCAUCUUCAAACUCCUCCUGGACCUAACUGACUCAAGUGACAUCACUUGAGGCAAUAUAUCAGACUUCACACAGCUCCCCCUGGAGCCACAAAAGGCUUUAUAAUACUUUUUCCCCCCCCACAUAUGCAGUAGUUCUCCCUAAGACCUGUAAACAGACUUUGGCGUGUGAAAUCGGUGGAGUUCCCCUUUUACUAACAAUAUACAUCCCUGAGAUAUGCAUGCUGCAAUUUAACUUCUCAUUUGAGACGCUGCAAUUACUAGAUAGGGUUCUCUUUUUGCCAAUUACUUUUUGCAAUAAGAUAAAGAGCAGAUCUUGAUUGUGUUCCCACAGAGUAUAUUACUUCAUGGUUGGUACAAUGGUUCACUCAUGUUUCAGGUUACCUUGUCCUUAAGAAAGGUGAUAAUAGUUAAUAAUCAUGAAUGCAAGUUCAUUCAAAUAAUACCCUUUACAAAGAGUUUUUUUUGUUGUUGCAUCAUUUCAUCCUGGUGUGCACACUAACAGCUUGUCAAACCGUCAACGGUAAUAUGAUGGAUCUUUAGUAAGAGUGUGAGGGUACAAUUUGGUCCAGUGCAAAAACAAACACAUUUUGUGUGUAAAAAAUAUGGGACUUAAGGCAACCAUUUAAGUGUUAUUUUAAGUAAAACAAUAGAACAUGUUUGACCAGGAAGAAGCCUAAUCUACUCUGUGGUUUCAACUUGCACUUACAUUGUGUAAUGCAAACUAGCACAAAUAUCAAAUUCUCAAUCAGGUCCCUGUAUUCCCAGAAUUUCAUAUAAAUAAGCCUAUUCAGGUAUUAACUCCUCUUGUUUUAGAUGGUUGAUGCGUAUCUUUAAUAAACUCCAAACUCAUACAGAGGAGAAAUAUUAGCAGCCCUCGCAUGCUCGCAAAAUCUACUCAUCACUCAUCUCACUCAGAACAUGUAUUACCUGCUUUCUGGACUGGAAAUCAGCACAUUCAUCCCAAAAGCUGUGAGGAUCUUCUGUUCUGUUCUUUUACUUUAGGAUUUGCUUAUACAAGAAAGAAGAUAGAUUUCUUUUGACACAUAUGUUUGAGGAGUAGAGGAGGAGAAAAAAAAGUGUUGAACUGAUUUCAAUGUGAAUUUUCUUGCCUCUAGUGUAUAUGUGUAAUUACAUGUGAAUUGUACUGUAAAUAUGAUAUCUUUCACUUAAUAGUUCUUAAUGCAUGAACAAAAACAUGGCAGUUCGUAAUACCAGCUAGCCUCACUGCUAAUGGCAUGGACCGCUUCUCUAGCAUUGGCAUACUUCUGCAAACGAAACCUAAAAAAUGAAACACAAGAAAUACAUGGUGUGAACAAAAUGAUGGAGAAAUCACAUCAAAGUCCUCUCACAGUGACGGAGUUUCUGGUGGCUCUGAGCUCGUAUUGGUUCACCUGCUUCCUCAAGAACAAGGCUAACGCUGCUAAAAGAUUCCUGAAAACUACAGUAUGCCUUGGUUCACUGUCAGCGAAUGGGAUGGUGCCAUCUUGAAUGAAAUUCUCCAGUUGGGCUUUCCCAUUUACUACACCCGAAUUUAGGAUUUGUGUUAGAUUUCAGCACAGAAUACAUGUAGAGUUUACCUCAGACAUCAACAAAUCACAGAAUUGUCUGGGAAUCUACGAAAAAAUAUUAAGGGCAUGAUCGGCUAGCUGGCUUAUAGAGGCUAGAGGAGCAGGAUGGCCUUAAAAAGGCGAGUGGGAUGUUCUUUCCUGCUCCUCAAUAAGACAGUCAUGUGUGCCCUUGAGCAAGGCACCUAGCCAAUUGUCCAAGUGCAGCUGCUCACUUGCUAACAAUAGAAGUCUAUGUCUGUGCGGUCUCGCUCCUGGAUGAAAAUGUGUUUAGCUAUGUGAGGGUAUUGAUAGGAAAUUGUCCCCUGGAUAAAUGCAAAGAUAAAAAAUAGUUCCACUAAUGUCCCUCGGUUUGUUCAAGUAAGCUAAGCCUAGUAUUGUAGUGCUAUAAUUACAAGCUAGCAUCUAAUAAGGUAAAAGUUAUAAAUCAUGUCAUUUGUUGACUCCAGUCUUGCGUUUCAUCUAGGAUUACAUCCCGAUAAAAGACAUGCACGAUAUCCCGUGAACACAAAACUAAGCCCUCCAUAAAAGAGGGGACUAUGAUCGUACAAGAAAAUGUCAUCCACCAAACACCAGAACAAGGCUGACAGACUCCUCACUGUUGGAAGAACUUUUGCUGGUACAUUCAUUAUUUUGUGUGUACCUUGUAGGUUUUGUUUUGCAUGACCUGAGUUUUGAAAGGUUUAUUUUCAUAUCUUUUUACUCCCGCACCAUCCGAUUCAUCUCCACAGCCAGGUAAAAGAAGGAUCCAGUGUUUACAUGCUCAAAUUGCACUUGUUUUACAGCCAGCUCUAUAAAUCUUGUGAAACAAAACUGUUCGUAAAACUGGAGGGAAAAUGUAAACGUACAUGGUGUGAUCCGUGCGAAUCACAAAUAUGUACUUCUAUACGAUGUAUUUACUGUAAAUCACACAAUUUGGAAUAGAUGCACCAAGUGCAUGCUGUAGUUUUAUCAGGUUCAGCAUAAGCAUUAACAUCAAUCGCCCUUCAACUAUAAAGGAUGUAAAGGAUGCUCUUGAGUAGCAUCUGAACGUAAGCCAUGUGAUUGCACACUGAGUGGGUGUUCCCUGUAUUUUCUCUUUAAUAAGUUGCCUCUGGUUAUGGUCUGUUGUUCAUUACUGUAUGAUGAAGAAGCUGUGCUGAUUCCCAGUUACACAUCAGUAUACCUCCCUGAAGCAUACCAGUGAGACUCAUGUUUAACCAGUGAGUGAGGAAGAUUUUACAACACUUUAUAAAAAUUGGCAAUGGAAAGAAAGAAACCCACAAGACCAACAGCCCAUUUAAUUUUCAACAUGAAUUGAUAAAUGAUUUGAUUCAUUUCUGUGUUCAUUUCUGAUUUAUUGUAUUUGUUGCAUUUGUUAUGGAUUGUUAUUCUUACUGUUGUUGUUGUUUUAUCAUAAGAAGGAACUGUAAUUCAUCUGAUAUACUGGCACUGGAAGAAAAAUGCAUUUGGUUUUUGUACUGUAAUUGUUUUGUUCACAUUGGGCGCUUAUUUGGUUCAGUUGUUUAAUAAGGUGUUUGAUUUCAUUUGGAGUAUCAGUACUCAUGGAAUCAACAUGUGUGUAGUAUGAAGUUGUAUUUUUUUUGUCAGUGCAAAUUAAUGUUAUAGUGUCAAUCAGCUUUUUUAGGUGUUUGAACAAAAUGUGUUUUUUACAAAUACAAGGUGUUCAAGUAUGUGGUAUAAAAAGGGUUAUCAUUCAAACAACAGACUUUUUACAAAUAAAGGCUUAUACAGUAAAAACAGCUGAUGUCUUUUCAUUUGCCAUUUGAGGACUAAUAUAGUACAUUGUUUCAUUUGACUUUUUAUUCAUCUAUUUUUAUAUAUUAGUCCACAAAAGGUAAAUAGCAUACAAUUUUGCAAAAAAAGAUGAUGGAAUCAGGUAUUAACCAUUGUUGUUCCAGGUUGUUGUCAGAGUGCUCACCUCUUAUUUGGUGUCUUACUUUUGACUGUUGGACACGAAGAACAAAAUUUGCGAAAAAUCAAGAUCUUCUUUUUAUUUGAUUACAAAACGUUGCGCGUUUAUGAGAAUAUACCUUUUAUCAUAUCCUAUUUCCUGAAUAAAGUGACUCCUCCUGACAAGUGUAA